AUGGUUCUUCCCUUGUUUGUUCGCCUUCAGGGUCGAGCCAUUUUCGCCAGUGGAAGCCCGUUUGAUCCUGUAGAAUACAACGGAAGAGUUUUUGUGCCUGGCCAGGCAAAUAAUGCAUACAUCUUCCCUGGACUCGGUCUGGGUCUAAUACUGUCCGGUGCGAUCCGUGUUCACGAUGAUAUGCUUCUGGCAGCCUCAGAGGCUUUGGCUGCACAGGUUACACAGGAAAACUUCGACAAGGGACUCAUCUACCCACCAUUCAGAGAUAUCAGAAAGAUUUCAGCCCAUAUUGCAGCCAAUGUUGCAGCUAAAGCAUACCAACUCGGUUUGGCUACUCGCACGCCUUGGCCCCACGAUCUCGUGAAGUAUGCCGAGAACUGCAUGUACAAUCCUGCCUACCAAAGUUACGGGUGA